UCAAACUAUCAACCUGAUCAAUAUGCAUAUAUUUCAAUCCCAGAAGUCACUCAGAACAAGGCUGCUACAUCAUUGGUGCCAAACCGUCACAUUGACAGGCAUGUAUAGCCAUAAUAGUGCAAAUUAAUUUUCCAAAAUUCACUAACACAACAAAUGACAGUGAUAAACAAUGGUUCAGUGUGCAGCUGCAAGAUGCAACAAUAGACAUUCAAAGAGUAGUGAAAUAAGUUUUUUCCGAUUUCCAAUUGACCAGCAGACCAAGAAGGCAUGGACACAUUAUUGUAAGAGAAUGGACUUCCAACCAAACCCAAACCACAGACUUUGUUCUGCCCACUUUUCUAUUGCAUGUUACGAGCGUGACCCAAAUAUGAUUAGAAAUCUUGGUUGCCCUCCAAUGAAGUCAAAACUCAAGCCAGAUGCUGUGCCAGAUAUUCCAUUGAUCCAACCAACAACAGCUGAGCAAAAACCAUCACUUCCAAAUUCGGGGGCUAAUGAGAAGCAGAGAAAGGCUGAGACUAAAGCUUCCACAACAACAAUGCCAGUGAAGAGAAAUCCCACCAGGAGUCGUCGGACAAUGGGCAUUGAGCUCUUUAUGGAAUGCACUGAAGAGGCUUUGUCCCCAAGUCAGAUCACUGCCCAGCAGGUGGCAAGAUAUCAGUAUGACCAAGCCAUUGCCCAAAUUAGAGAUGCUCAUGCCAAGGCAAGGAUAGGCAAAGCUAAAAUUAUAAACAAAGUUGACAAUGUUGGCAAAGUAUCGCCUCAAGUUACUCAGAAGGCAGCUCCUGCAUUGAAAACUCCAUCACCGAGUGGAAAAGAACCAGAACGUUCAUCUAGUCCUGAUAUUAUAUUUGUUGGAGAAACACCGGCUUCCAAGCCCCGACAACCAGUACAACAGCCACAGCCACUGACCCAACCACCACAACAACAACAGGUGUACAAGCUUGUCAGUGUCAGCCAGGCAAACCAAGGACAACUUGGACAAUGGAUGAUGAAACCUGUUGCUAAUGUCAUGCCUCAACAGCAACAGACAUUAAAUAGACCAGUACAACAAGUGCAACAGGUUGGUCAGCAGGUCAGUGGCACCAUGGGGAUGGGUUACAAACGUCCAGCAAACUUCCAACAAGAUCAACUUGCCAAGAAAAAACCAAGACGACCAGGCGAGGUUGACGAAUAUGGUAAAAAGAGACCUUUUGAAAGUGAUGAAAGUGGUAAGAGUCCAGAUAUUUGUGUCAAUGGUAAUUGGGUUCCAUUAGAUGAAUAUUACUAUGGAAAGAUGGAAGGAGAUCCAACGUAUGAAGAGGAGAAAGGAGAAUUCAGGUUUAAGUGCUGGUAUUGUAACAAGAUGCUGUACAACAAUGUCAAGGCCAUGAUGCAUAUCCAAGGUCACAUUGACAGCAGUAAACAACAAAAUAUUGACCUCAGUGACCUUACACAAUGUAAACACUGCUACAAACAGUUUGAUACACCAUUUGAAAUGCAGACCCAUGUGGACAAGGUACAUAUGAGCAACACAAAUGUAUUGUUGUGUAGGAUAUGUGAUCGUGACCAUGAAUCUCGCCAGGCACUGACACAACACAUGAGACAGAACCACAAUGCUUGUGAGAUGCCCUAUACAUGCCAGCUUUGUAAAUUUAGAUCAUCUAUGUACAGUGAUGUUGUGGACCAUUUUAAAAAGAAACAUGAUAGCUCCCAGCAUUUGUUGUGUUUAUACUGCCUUCGUGCUUUUCUUGUCAAAUUUGUCUCCCAAGGUUGGGGCACCACUCAGACUUAUUAUGGACAUUUGUUAAAACAUCAGUCUAAGGCACAGACUAAAAAAUGUGGUCUUUGUCGACUGGCAUUCUUCAACUCUGCUGAGGUCAAGGCCCAUAAACUGAAACAUCAUGGACCCAAUCAGAAGGCAGUGUUAGGAACCUCAGCACAUAGCAGCAAACAAGACCAAGUAUUAAUAAAAGUACCUUCAUCAUCACACAAUCAACAUGGAGUCAAAUCUUUGAAUGCACCGUCUGUCAGUAAAGUUUUGGACUUUGGAGGGACAACUUUUCCAGGAGAGGUCCAUUAUUUUAACUGCUUUGAGUGUAAAAUGUCCAUGGGAACACAUGACCAUUAUAGGAAGUAUGUGGAGUGUUCAAUGUGUCGGUUUGCUACCAUCUGUAGUAUAGCUUAUGCUAAUCACAUGAUGGGAUUCCACUCAGGUCAAAUGUCAAGUCUUAACCUCAACAUUCCAUGGGAACGAAGGAUGCCCAAACCUAUGUACUGUUUGUGUGGCUUCAGUAGUCGCUAUGGCAACAAGAUUGCUAACCACCUUGUGUUCUGUAUGAAGACUUCAUGUUAUGAGAAUAGGCCAGAGCCUGGAACAGAGUGCUACAGAGAAGAUGAAGACGAAGACCCUCGCCAUAAACCAGGAGCAUCAUUGCUGGAUGCAUUAGGUCUGGUGAAGAGAAGGACUAUUACUCCUAGAUCUGGGGAAGGAGUGUACCAAAAAUCAGCUGAGACUUCACCUGUAGCAGACAGCUCCCCAAAACCAAGUCCAUGGGAUCCAGAUUAUGUACCACCAGAACUGCAGGGCUCACAGAAGUGGAAGACAGUCAAAUUAAAGGACACUGUUACUCCUUCUAAACAAUCAGUCUUUCUUGGGAUGUCCAAGUCAAAAGGCAAUUGUAAGAAAACCUUUGAAAUGGAUAUAAAAAAUUCAGAGGAAGCUGGAACUUCUCACAAGGGAGAUACAUCAGAUGAAAUUGAAGAGAAGCUUUUAGCUGACAAUGGAACAGACAGUGGAGAUAAAUUGGAAAAUAGUGAAAAUCAAAGAACUGAAAGUACUAAAAACAAUGCUGAAGCUGAAAGAAAAGAAAAUGAACUGCUUGAUUUUGACAAUGAAAAUGACCGUGCUGAAAGUGGUGAUGAAAAUAAAAUCAAUGAAAUUAUAGAUGCUUUAGAUGAAGAUGAAUUGUUACAAGAUGAAAAUGAACAAGUUAGUGACAAAAAUAUGACAUUAGUAAAGGAAAGUGAUACUGAUAAAGUAGAUGAAACAAAUCUGAAUGAAAGUUGCAAUGAAAAUGAAGAUUUAGCAAAUAAUUCUGGUGAUGUGAAAAGUACCAAUGAUAAUUUAGAAUCAAGUUCUGAUAGUGUAAAAAGUCCUACAAACAAUUUAGAUGACAAAGAAAAAAAUGUCAAUUUGGAAGGAAAUGAGAAAGACAAUGAAAACAUUGAUUCUGAAAAACAAGCAGCAGCAGAUGAGAAUAGUGAAGUUGCAGAAGAAUUUUCAUCAGAAGAUAAAUUGGAUGGAACUGAAUCUAAUGAAGAAGUGGACAAUUCAAAAAUUGAAGAUGAUUCAGAAAAACAAUUAAAAGAUGAAUCCAUUCUGGAAAAGGAUGAAAUUGUUAAGGAAUCUUCAUCAGAAAGCAAAGUAGAUGAAAACAAUGUAAAUAAAAAUGUAGACAAAACUGAAUCAGAAAAAGAUAUCAGUGAAAAAGUGAAUAUAGAAGAAUCUACAAGUCAAGACAUUGAAAUGAAAGAUGAAUCAUCCUCACAAAAUAAAAUAGAUAAAAAUGAAUCAGAAAACAAAGAAGUGAUUCACAGUGAAUCAGAAAAUAAAGAAGUGAUUCAUCGUGAAUCGGAAAAUAAAGAAGUGGUUCAUAGUGAAUUAGAACAAAAAGAAGUGAUUUGUAGUGAAUCAGAAAAUAAAAAAGUGAUUCAAAGUGAAUCAGAGCAAACGGAGGAAUCACGACAGGAAACAGCAGAUGAAACAAAAACUGUUGAAAAUGAAAGCCAAGAACCUCAUUCAAGUCAUAAAUUGUCUGAAACAGGAAGUGAAAAUAAGGGAGAUAAUGCUAGAACAAAAGAAACUAAAAGUUCUCCAAAUGUUGAAGAAUCAAAGACAUCACACCAUCAAUCUGAUGAUAAAAGAUACCAUGGCAGCAGGUCACAUGACCAUAGAUCAGAUAGUCACAGAUCACAUGACAACAGAAGGUCACAUGAUGACAGGCGGUCAUAUGAUGACAGACGGUCACAUGAUCGACAAUACCAUGACGACAGAUCAUACCACCACCAGGGAAGAUAUGAUGAUAGAAAUAGACACAGACAUCAAGAUGAUCGGGGUUAUGAUCGUGGGUAUCAUGACAACAGAGGCUAUAAUGAUCAACGGGACAACAGAGAUCAUUAUCGAGAUGACAGACGACACCACAACAGAGGUCAUUAUCAAGGUCGUGGUGGAUAUGGAAGUGGGGGUUACCAUGGUUAUAGAUGAACUAUGUUUCAAACAUUUAGUUGAGCUUGAAGAUCGGUAUCAAAGUUAUGGUGCUUUUUGUUACCAUGGCAGCUAACAUACAAUAUCAGCUUUAUAGAAUUUACAUUUUGAUGAUAUGUAAAAUAUGCAGAUCCUUGAAUGGCUGUAGAUGGCUGCUUUCUAUGAUUUUAUAUAUCACUGCUGUUCCUGGAUAAAAAUAAGGGGAGACAAUUUUACAAAAUACCCAUAAUGCAGUUUAAUUGUAUAUUUUGUGAAGUCUGAUCCUUUAUAUAUCAGCUAUGCAUGAUAUUUCAGAACAAAAUGAUCAUAAAUAUGUCAUGUAUGUUUUUUUGAGUUUGUUAGAGUGACUGAAUGACAUUUGAACGAUGUUUAAUCAUAUCAGUCGAGAGGGCAAACACUGGAGUAAUGAUUUGGUGUAUAUUGACUUUUAUCCCACAUCUCAGUUAUUUCUCACCUGUAGAAGAUUUCAGGUUGUAAAUAAGCAGUGAAUUGCAAGAAUUAUUUUACCCCGCCUAUGAAAGUACGGGGGAAUUAUGUUUUAGGGCGUGUCUGUCUGUCAGUCUCUUACCAGGUUAAGUUUUGAGUUAAUGUAAUAUCAUGUAAAUGUGGUCAUACAAACUUGAAUCUUAGUACAACAUGAUGUGAAUUUUUUAAGACAUAUGCCAAAAAAGGUUUGAACCCAUUUUUUUGUGGUUCACUGAACAUAUAAAUGUGAGAUGUGAAAGCAGGUCCAUAUUCUUGUUUCAUUUAUGUUCAUGUAAAUUAGGAAACCGAUAUAUGAAUUAGGUUGUCAGAAGUUGUACUUAGAGACAGGAAAAUCAAAUUGUACUCCUUAAAAUAAUGAUAUCUUGUAAUUUUUCUGCUCCAUUAACCAGAUAUGUACAAUGCUCUUUACAAAUGUCAUUGGAGGUUGUAAAUUUUAAGAUAAUAUAGCCACAACUAGUCCAGGGCCUUCAAGGAAUAAAACAGCUGUAGUCUCUUUGAAGGUUCUUUAAAUUCUGUUAGUUAAUAUUUCCAUUUUAUAUUACGGCCUCAGGUCAAUUUCUAUGUAAUAGUUGCUUUCAGAUAUUUCAGAAGUUAUAUUAAACAAAAUAUGAAGUUGAUUUGUGUCCCCUUUUUUUAAGAUUAUGAAUGAUUCCAUUUGAAUAUAAAAUUUAUUUUUGAUUAGAAAUUUGUAAAUGUCAAAACCAUGAAAAUUUUUAAGCCAUUAAAUUUACAUGUUUAAAGUAUUUGACUUAGUUGUGGAUGCUAAGCAAUAGUGUCUGUUUUUUGUAAUAUUGUUAGAGAUAUUUUAAUUUUUCAUUUUGUCAUUCAUUAUCUGUUUUGUGCAUAUCUUUUUUAUCAUGUAAAUUGUAUAAGAAAAUUAAAGAUACAAACGAAUA